ACGCGUAUGUUGAAACGUGGAAUCUAUUUCGCCCUGACCUCCGGUAAAGUAUGUAUAGUCAGUCACAGUCUUAUUCGUGGGCAGUCAAGUGUUUCAUUACUUCCUCUGUGAUUCUUUAGCUGUUAUUGACAAUCCGACACGAUAAAGAAGAAGAGGAAAAUUUGAAAGAAGAUAGCGAAAGGCAUAAACAGUGUCUUGAAACAAUAGAGUUUGGAAAUAGCUUGUGUAGCAGAGAUCAAGAAACGAGAAAGAUGAAAACAAUUUGGGUGAUCGGUGGUCCGGGAUGUGGUAAAGGAACUCAAUGCGAUCGCAUCAUAAAAAAAUAUGGACUUCUACAUCUAAGCAGUGGCGAUCUUCUACGAGACGAAGUCGCCAGUAACAGUCCGAGAGGUGCAAACCUGCAGGAACUAAUGUCCAAAGGCUUGUUUGUUCCCACUGAAGUAGUAUUAGAACUGAUAAAGGAGAAAAUGACGAAGGCUAAAGAAGGAGGUUCGGUAACUGGAUUUCUUAUCGAUGGAUAUCCGAGAGAGUUGGAACAGGGUAUAAAAUUUGAAAAGGAUGUAUGCCCGGUCGAUCUUAUUCUUUUCUUUGAUGUUGGAAAUGAAACGAUGAAAACGAGACUUCUGGGUCGAGCUGCAGUCUCGCAAAGGGCUGAUGACAACGAGGAAACGAUCAAAAAAAGAAUUGAGAUUUUUAACUCAAAAAAUAAUGAGAUCGUUGAGCAUUACAAAGAUAAAGUCGUUAGAAUUAACGCUGAAGGGGCAAUUGAUGAUAUAUUCAAUGAAGUUACAAAAGUACUGGAUACUCUUGUAAAAUCGUAAUGAAUGAUUAAUUUUAAAUGACACUUACUGACCUUUGAUAGGUCAAUAGCAAAUAUGCGCUACGCUAUUACCUUAAUGCAAUUGCAUACUAGAAUUUUAGAAGCACAAAGUUCUGUGGCACAAGAUCAAGUCAUUCGACAUAUCUGUUGAAGAAAGACCACAAUAUUACUAUUUCAUUAAAAAUGAUUUACGCUUGUACAAUGUGAGAAUUCUACAUGAAAAAUACAAGACCUGUUAAUGAA